CAGCAAUUGUACAAAUUUGGUUGGCUCAAUUUUUAAAAUAGAAAAAAAAGUCAGAUUUUUUUACCCGGAAAACAAAUCAUGUGAUAUGUCAUGUGAUUGAAUUUUUCAAACAAAUUUCUGUUUUGGGAACUAUAAUUAAAUUGUUUAAGACGUGUAUCAAGGAAGGAAUAUGAUUAAACCUGAGUUGACUUAACAUAUCAUAUAUCUUAUAAUUACUUAACUAAAGCUUUACGAACUACACUAGAUGAGUUCUGUUCAAUUCAAAAAAUCAGUUCAAGAUAUAAUCCCCACUUAUCAUGGACAAUUCCCUGUUCAAUUAUUAUCAUAUAUAGAAUCAUUAUAUUUAUCAAGUCUACAUAAAAAACCUAUACUACCAAAUAAUGCAGCUGUUGCCAGAUAUCAUUUAUGUGCUUAUUUGGGAGUAGAACAACAUCAACAUAGAUAUGAUUUACCGCAACCUGAAAUGAAAAGAAUCCCUUUAGAACCUAAAGUUGCCUCUAAAUUAUUAGAUGAUUUUAGAGUUAGUUUAGUAGUGAAAUCGAAUACUUCAAGUCCUAGGAAUAGUCCAACUAAAACGAAUAAAGUAUUAUUGACACCUUCAUUAUCUCCAAACCCAUCAAGUACUACCACUCCUUCAAAAUCAGGAUCACCUUCGACCGGUGGAUCACCAUUAAAGAGAUUAAGAGAAAUCGAAGAUAGUCCAAAUACAAGUGAAGAUAUAUCGACUCCUAAUAAACUUAAUGAUUCCGAAUCGAUAUUUAACCCAACUCCAAAGAAUAAGAAAAAGAUAAAAUCAUCCCCUGAAAAAUCAGCUCCUAAAUACAACUACGAUAAAAAACAUGUAUCCAUCAUUGAAUUUAUAACGUUUUGUAAUAAUUUUUAUAUCCCAGCUGAUGUUUCACCAAAAAUGAUUGAAACUUUCUUAAUCCAUAAACAUAAAUUCGCCAAGAAGAGUGAAUGGUUAUUAGCUUGUGGAAUUAUAUUUGCUGCUUAUGUUAGAAUCAAUCAUAUUUUAUUAACUACUAAAAUCGGAGCUCAACUGGAAUUUUUAAAUCUUUUAUUCCAAUAUCAAAAGGGAGGAUUAUUAAAGAUUAAUAUUCAAUUAUGGUGUAAUAUCGUUGGAACUUGGAUCAAAGAAGAAUCUUGGGUUAAAGAUCUUGAACAUAAGUAUUUAUAUGGUAAAGAUUCCGUUGAUGAAUUACAAUCUUCCGUAGAAGAUAAAGCUAGAAUCGGGGCUGGUUGGAAUAUCCUCGAACAAUUUGGAGUCAUGAUUCAUGGUGAAGUACUAUAUGAAUCAGAUAAUCAAGUGAAAUACUAUGAAACUUGGUCUAAUAGAGUAAAUCAGAAAUAAAUAGCAUAAUUAAGUAAAUGUCACUAGACAGUUAAUCGUUAAAUCUUUAAAUUUACCCGGAUUUGUAGAAGAUCGCAGUAAUUUUUUUUUUCACCUUUUAGCAUCUUGUUUUUGUAAUGAAAUCAUAUAUAGAAUCAGUAUACCAUCAAAUUCAAGGUUCAAACAUCUAUUGUUAUCACAUAGAUUCAUAGUUCAUUGCAG